GGAUGGACAAAUUCAAGAUGGAAUUGACAUGUCUAUGAAUUUUGACUGCUUCUGGGAUUUGUUGGAAAAAUUUGAGUCGGCCACCGAUGUAUCAUGUAUUAAAAUAAUACAGGAUUUUUUUUAUCCUUGCAUUCAACUUUUGACUUCGUUGGUACAAAAUCCUGUUAAUCUGGAAAACAAAAAUGAAAUGGGAGAGUUGGUGAGUUUGCUUGAUGAAAUGAAGCAACUUAAAGCCUCAUCGAGCCUCUUCUCCAUUGAUACGGUGACAGAGAAGUGCACUACAAGUGAACUCUCAAACAAAAUUUCUUCAAUGCCAUCAAAAGUAGCACACAUCUUGAAUCAGCUGAAUUUGUCUUGCAAGAGGAAUACCAAUGUUCAGUCUGAUCCAUCACAAGCCAACACUGCAGUAGGCAAUGAUGACCACGGACAAGCCGUUUUGAAGGAAUCAAAAGAAAACAUGUCCAACAAUUCUCAAGCUGCAGUUAUUUCAGGACAAGGAAAGGCCAAGGAAAAUAACAAGCGGAAUAAAUACAAAUCCAAAAAUAACAAGCGAGGGAAAAAGAAUAAGUGAAAAUGCACUUAUGAUAAACUUUUUGGCGUUUUGU